UCAUCAUGUUUAAACGCAGCUUGUACAUUUCCGUUGCAUUAUGAAAUCUGACACCUUUUUUCACAAAACAUGCUUAAUCGCUUAUUAAGAAUGACAUAUCGUAAGAGUAUCGUAGAUAUCCACGAAUAAAAGAUAAAGAACACGAUCUUUUGCUCUGUCUGUGGACGCGAAUCUAUAAAAGAUGCAAGCCGAUCGAACGAAAGAUGAGAACGAAUUCACAGUCAUUUAGCUAGCAAGGAAAACUAAAGAAUUUGUAAUAUAAUCGACGAAAAUAACACGUUAUACAAACACUUUCCACGAAGAAAAAUAUUCACAAUUUAUCCGUUAUGCAAUAUUUGUGCGGAUUAUUCGAAAACGUGUUUAAAGCAAUUUUUCUUCGUGACAGCACAAUCACUACAGAGGAGAGACCUGGGAAAUUAUUCAAUUUGAAAUCGAUAGUACAUUCAAUCUGUAUUUGAGCUUAACAUAUUCGAUGUCACAACACAUCCGAAGUUGGAAAAAAUAGCGAUCGACAAAAUAUGCAAAAUUAAUAUCGUACAGAGUGAGAAUCCGAACGAAACUGCGCUCGUCGCAUCUAAAAUGGACACCGCGCCGAAAAUAGACCUCUUAUCUAAAUUAAAUAUCGCAAGUGAACUUCAUACUGUGCCUAAGAUCGAAGUUACGUCAGAAAUUAAUUCUACGUCUCAGGACGAUGUUGCGGCCGAGACAAUGGCUAUGUCAGGGAAGAACUCUGUCGAUGAUGUAUCUAAAAUCGAUGCUGCGUCUGAAAUUUACGCAGUUUCUAAUGCGGAUAUGGUGCCUAACAAAAUAGAUGAGUUGUCUACCGAUAGAUCAUCCGAUAUUGGCGUGCCUUCCGUAAGAUUGCGUCGAAAUAAACUCGCGAAUCAACAAGAGAAACGAUAUUCCGUCACGGUAUUGGAUCGAUCCGUAUCAAAACAAAGAUUCGAGGAUUUUGCCGAGGUGAAAUGCAACGCUGCCGAGGUCUUGGCGUUGGAUGGGAAUUUUUAUGAGAAUAUUCAAGUCGGGGAAAAUUCGAGAGAAUCGAAUUCUGUCGCAGGAGAAAAAUCGAGGAUUCAGCAUACGUUUGCAGUUAAAGAACUCCCGAAAAUGAAACGAGCCGAAGGACUAUCUAUCAAGACGAUUUCCGAAAUUACGGAGGAAGGAUCGAGCGCUGUCGAAAACGAGAAAGCGAAGCUCGAGGAAGCAUCGGCGAUGAUAGGAAUUUGGAAGAAGCGAAUGAUUGAAGGGUCGCCCACCAAAAACCUGUCUGGGAUCAAGAAACGGAAGGCAAAGGAUUCGUUAAGAAGUUCUCUGAGGCGGAAGGUAGAUUUAAUAGAGAGGAUAUUGGAAGAUCAGGUAGAACGAAUCUGGGAGGAGAACGUGGAAAAGCAUACGUGGCUGCAACCGAUAGAGACAUGGAUCACUGAUCACCGCAGACCUUCUGGCUACACGUUAACUGACUGUCAACUUGAUACUGACGCAACUGACAGCUUGACGGAUAUUAAUCAGGAUAUUAUAUCGGAAUCCACGUACGAUUUCAAGUUUACACCGGCAAAGGGAGAAGACGAGGAACCAAAAAUUGAGAGUAGACUGAUGGAAAAUCGACGAACCGUGAGAAAUGACGAGCAAAGAACCGAGAGCAAAAUCACCGAACAUUGGCGAAGAUUACGAAAUCGAACUGCUUCUUCAAGGUCGGAUCAAGUUGAGGCAACGAGUCCAAUCACACAGCUAAACAACCAAGAAGUUGUUUUUUCGGAUACGGGAAAUGUAGAGGAUAAUGCAAAUGUUUUAAACGUUGAUUCCGGCAUUUUGGAAGUGAAAGAAGUCAAACGCCACGAUCUUCUGGACAGAUUAAAAGACAAUGUUAAGGGAAAGAUGGAGGACAUUCAUAGGUAUUUUCAGAGAACUAAUCGAUUGGCGGACGUGAAUAGACGAUUGAAAUCACAAAUAUGGAGUUCAGUGGUGACAAUUGUGCUCGUGGAGGCAAAGAAUUUAUUGCCAAUGGACAUAGACGGUUUGUCGGAUCCUUACGUGAAGUUUCGUCUCGGCACGGAGAAAUACAAGUCGAAAGUCGUUAACAAAACACUGAAUCCAAUUUGGUUGGAGCAGUUCGACCUCCACCUCUAUGAGGAUCCGUAUUUGGGACAAGAGUUGGAAGUGACGGUUUGGGACAGAGAUAGGAGUCAUCAGGACGAUUUAAUGGGCAAGACAAUGAUCGAUCUGGCGACGCUUGAGCGGGAGACGACGCAUCGGCUAUGGCGCGAACUCGAGGAUGGUUCGGGCAAUAUCUUUUUACUUUUGACGAUAAGCGGUACUACAGCCAGCGAGACAAUCAGCGAUUUGGCCAUACACGAGGAAACGCCAAUAGAACAAGCACAAUUGGUCCAACGGUAUUCCAUUACGAACACUUUACAGAGGAUACGUGACGUAGGUCACCUGACAGUAAAGGUAUACCGUGCACAGGGUCUUGCAGCUGCUGAUCUCGGUGGUAAAAGCGAUCCUUUUUGUGUUUUGGAGCUUGUAAAUUCUAGAUUACAAACGCAAACGGAGUAUAAAACUCUCACGCCGAAUUGGCAGAAAAUUUUUACCUUUAAUGUAAAGGACAUCAAUUCCGUUCUGGAGGUGACAGUGUACGACGAAGAUCGGGAUCAUAAAGUGGAAUUCCUUGGGAGGGUGGCGAUACCAUUAUUAAAAAUUCGUAACGGCGAAAAACGAUGGUACGCAUUGAAGGACAAGAAACUGAGGGGUCGUGCGAAAGGAAACUGUCCUCAGAUUCUCUUAGAAAUGACCGUCAUAUGGAACUUAUUGAGGGCGUGCAUUCGAACGCUUAAUCCGAAGGAAAAGAAGUAUAUGGAGCCAGAAGUGAAAUUCAAAAGACAAGUCUUUCUGCGAAAUGUUCUCAGGCUCAAAGCUAUUAUUGUAAUAUUCAUCGACAUAGGGAAAUACAUACAGAGCUGCUGGGAAUGGGAAAGCAAGAUGAGAAGCAUCUUCGCUCUGGUAAUUUUUAUUCUUGGAUGUUACUACUUCGAACCGUAUAUGAUACCGGGCGUGGCAUUAUUGAUUCUUCUAAAGUAUUAUCUGCUUAUCGGCGAGAGGAGCGGGUUCAAUCAUUGGAUUUGCGGACAGGUCGCAGUGGUAACGGGCGCACCUUUAAUAUACGCAACUUCGCAGUUUCAAGAUCAUGCAGAGAUUGGAUCCGACGAUUGUCCGCCGACACCGGGAGACGAUGACGAUGACGAAGACGACAAAGACAAAGAGGAAAAGAAAAGUCUAAAGGAGCGUUUACAGGCGAUUCAAGAAGUGACGCAAACAGUCCAGAACUCGAUCGGUUAUAUAGCUAGUCUUUGCGAGAAAGUGAAGAAUCUCUUCAACUUCACGAUCCCCUAUUUAAGCUACCUGGCAAUGCUUCUGGCGAUUGCUGGAGCAGUCGUGCUCUAUUUUAUUCCUGUCCGCUAUUUAAUCCUCGCUUGGGGAGUCAAUAAGUUCUCUAGAAAAAUCUUCAGGCCUCACUCCGUGCCCAAUAACGAGGUCCUCGAUCUUAUAUCCAGAGUGCCUGAUGACGAAGAAUUACUUAAUUAUAGAGAACUAAAACCUGUGCCGACAGCGGAUUGCGAGAGAGGUGGUAGUUCGGGCAGUCCCAGUUCGAACGCGGCGAGAAGAGAGCAAAGAAAGAGGCACAAAGCAGCGUAGCAGAAUAUCCCGCGGCCGGAUGUCGCGGGUCCAAGGUCGUCCAGUAUCCUUAAAUCGGUCCUGCUGCGCCGGAAAUUGCGACAGCGAAAGGGAUCAGCGGAAAAUACGGAUGUGAUUGACAUAGACUAAAUAUUCGUUCAUUUUGUACCCUCCCUCGGUCGUGACCUCUCGAAUCUAACGUCAGUCGUUAGCGAAAAUAUCGCACGCGGUGUGCCUCGAAGAAAAGAAAGAGAGAGAGAGAGAAAAGUAGCAAAUAAUGACAAAUAUUAACGCCGAAAGAGAAUACCAAAUUAAAUUUUCUUUGGAUGUAUGUGAUACAUUUAUUACGUGAUAAUGAAAACAAGGUUCUAUCGCACAAGAUGAAAUACACUGCGGUAUGAACAAACGAUUGAUGAUCAUGUGAUACGUUUUAAAGCGCAUCACGUUAAAAGAGAGUAUAAAAUGAUGCAAUUAUAUAUUGGAAUAUAUAUCAUGAUAUAUUAUACGGAAUAUAA